ACUUGUGUUACUGCAUGAUUUGAAGCGGUAGGUUAUGAAUUGAACUUACGAAAUGAAAAUCGGAUACAUAAGAUUGCUGACAGUAAUCUCCACGUUUGGCGACUGCCAUUGUCGAAGAACAGGAUGAAAAAUACCACUAUGAAGAGUAUGAUUCGCUACAACCUCUGUCAUUUUCGGAAUUGUUAUAAACCGUUAUGUACUUGUUCGUAUCCGUUUCGCUGUUACAUAAAAAAGUAAUGUGAAAGUAAUGUAAGAUUUUCGAAGUUCUUCUUCGGAAUUAACUUUAAAACAUCAUUGUGUAUUUUGUUAAUUUUACUUUGCUCUUAUUCAUAAUGAAUUAAAAUCAAAAGAAUUUAUUACGUCAUUUAUAAGAUAACAUCAUUUUGUUACCUGUAUGUAUUUCGAUUAUUUCUUUUCUAUGGUGGUGCCUAAAUGAAGUUCACGCGAUGCAUGUUUGAACUCAACAACUAUAUUAUGUAUGUACAUGUUUCGUAAAGUUCGUACAGUUUGAAUAACGUAUCAUUAGAAAUCAUGAUUCUGCAAAAAAGAAAAGAGCCACAUGCUUUAAUAAAAACUAUGAAGAUAACUGAUUGCUAAAAAAUUUCCUCAAUUUACCUGCUUAGAUAUUUCAUAAAAAUAAGUUGAAUUAAUUUAUCAUUGUACUGAUUGUUAAUUGUAUACGUUUAACUAAAUAAAAAUAUUUUUUCAAAUUAUCUCAGAAAUCAUCUAUUUUUCGUUCCUACAGUAACUCUGGAACACCUAAUAUAGUUUAGUCUGAACAUGCCGCAAAUAAGGAAAGAUACAUACAAUGUUUACAUACGAUAUUUAUUUCAUUGACGAAGUAUUUAUAAUUCAUUUCUUUCACGCAAUUAUGCUAAAUAUAAAUAACAAGUUCAUAAAAAGACGUGCAUAGAGUGAACAAAUAGUGGUUAUAUCAAAUCGUUUAUAUGUUACGAUUUAUAUAUUAUAUCAUAUAGUGUGUAUUAAAUCUUGUUGCCAUUGUACAGAUUUCGAAAAUUUGUGAAGAAUGACGAGACAGUCAAGUGACUGGCGACAAGAAAACGAAAUGUUAUCGCUUUCAACCAUUUACUAUUCUAAUGAAUUUUCUUAUAUCAAAGAUAGUAUGAUACAAUGUUAUUACAAUAUAUUUCCUAAAGUUGAGAAUGGUUCAUUAAAAUUGAAGACAAUUAGUACAUGCAACAAAAUCAAAACUUUUAAAUAUUUCAUCAAAUACUUACCCCCUAUUAAAGUUUACAUUCAACUUCCUCGUGAUUAUCCUGCCAACAAUCCACCAAAGUUUUAUGUUAUUUCAUCAUGGCUUUCUUCUUGGCAACUAUCUUGUAUUUGUCAAAAAUUAGAUGACAUAUGGUCAGAUAAUAAAGGGCAGGAGAUAUUAUUUUUAUGGUUUGAAUUUUUAAGGAACGAGCUUCUUAAUUUUCUUCAUAUCAAAGAUACAUUGGAUAUUUCACUAUUGUAUUUGAUGUAUCAUAAUAUAUCAAGAUAUUUUAAUUUAAAUUGGUCAUAUCAAUAUGAUGUAAGAGCAGUGUGUAAUAUAUUAUUUCUCGAACCACUACAGUUUUUAAUAAACUAUGACAAACAACAACGCGAAACUAUAUUUAAACAAAAUUUUUUUUCUUGCGACAUAUGCUUUGAUACAUAUUCUGGAAAAAAAUGUGCGGAACUUGAAAAUUGUGGCCAUAUUUUUUGCAGAAAAUGUAUAGAAGAAUACAUUACUGUAAAAAUGAAUGAUUUCAUUGAACACAUUAUAAUAUGCCCUAACUUUGGUUGUAGUAAAUUUAUUUCUAUUAAUGACAUAAAAAAUUUGUGUUCGAAUUUAUUUUCAAAAUAUGAUAAGAGAUUAUUAGUCAAUAUGCAUUUAUAAAAGAUAUAGAUAAUGAAUCAGCUAUCUGUUACAAUUGUGGCUACUGUUUUUGUACCUACUGUUACCAGUGUUAUCAUGGUGAAAUGUUAUGUCCUAUAGGAUUAAAUAAUAAAGAGAAACUUAUUCAAGAAUAUGAAAGUGGUGAUAAAUAUAAAAAACAGUUACUAGUAAAGACAUAUGGUAGAAAGCAAAUAGAGAAACUUGUUGAACAACACCUAACAAAUGAAUAUUUAAAGAGAUGUGCUAAGCCAUGUCCAAAAUGUCGAACUAUGAUUGAGAAAAUAGAUGGAUGCAAUAAAAUGGAAUGCACUCAUUGCAAUACUAAGUUCUGCUGGCUCUGUGGAAUACAAAUUACUUCACGAAAUCCUUACGAACAUUAUUUGUUAGGGAACAGUACAUGUCACAAGCGCUUAUUUGAAUAAAAACCUUUUUCUCCACUAUACAAAUAAUUAUAACAUUAUGAUGUUAGCUACAUGUAUCUAAAAAGUAUUAGAUUGUAUAUAUUUUUUUAUUUUUGUACAAUUUCUUUUUAUGUAACAUUAUAUAUUUUUGUUUACAAUACGUGUGUAUAAAAUAAAAUAUCUUGUAUCUUAACAAGAGGUAGAUCUCUACUUAUUA